AUGAAGCGUUCUCUUCACCAAUCGCGUCCAGCUCAGCUAACCAGCUUUGAUGAAGACUUGAAGCUGAUCCACCUGUUUGGCUACUGGGGCUCGACAGCUAAGUCCAAUCGGUCCCGGAACGCCAUUUUUCUAUUGAUGUCCAUCUUUCUGAUGAUUCCAUUGAUACUGUCUUUGGUAGAUUUGAUUGGGGAUGAAAACUACGUCAGAGCAUCCCGAGCUGCCGGAGAACUGAUGACCUUUUUCAUGGAUGUUUUCUCCAUAAUGACCAUCGUUUACAGGAAGCGACAGAUUGAACUGGUACUGGACAAGUUACACGUCAUGUUCGAGAAUAUGAUGGAAGAGGACGAUCCGAUUUCGAGGGACAUUUAUAAUAAAACUGAGGCUAUAUCCAAGAAGAUAUCUGUAACGAUGAGGCAAAUAAUGGGAUACGUAACGCUGUUGUAUUGCGGUGCACCUCUUUCGUACUCCAUUUACUGCGUGAUUUUCACGAAUUAUGCGCCCGUUCCGUUCCCAACCGGCUUCGAGGUCAACUUCUUCUAUAUCAACAUCCAUUCGAACGUAUGGGCGUAUGUACUCUACAUGAGCGUUAUCAUACCGGUGACAUGGAUUACCACCGUAUCAGUCGGAAUAAAGGACACGUUAUUCAUAAACAUCUUCAACCACUGCAUUAUCAAUUUCGACAUAUUGAAACACAAAAUCGAUCAACUCAAUACCAUUUCUGAGUCGGAAGUAAGUUGGCAUCUGAACAACUACGUAGAUUUUCACAACGAAUCCUUUGAGUGUGUUCGCAUUUUGGAGGACUCGAUCAACAUGGAUCUGCUGGUGCACUACCUCGGAAGCAUAUCGAUACUUUGUCUCAAAAUGUUUGUCUUCACGGAAGUGCAGCUGGAUGGCUUCAUGGUGGUCCGCUUGUUCAUCAUUUUCACCUACGCUGCCUGGGAAGUGGCGGUGUUUGCCUGGCUGGGGGGACGAUUGACGUAUGCGAGUACGCAAGUCGCGGAGGCCAUCUACUCAGCCGAUUGGUAUGACCGGCCGGUCUACGUCCAGAAGACGCUGAUGAUGAUUCUUACCCGAGGACAAAAAAGUUCCGGAGUCAUGGUUGGGAAGUUCUUCCAGGCGAACCGAAAGGGGCUGAAACGAGCGAUGAAUUCGGUUUAUUCCUAUUUUCUGUUCAUCAGGCAUGUCUACAAUCGUAUAGGUGGUUGA